CCCACUCCUUUCUCCCAAAAAGAAAGGAAAAAGGGAAAGAGGAAAGAAAUCCACGCACACCUUCGCCUUUCCUUUCCAUCGCCGACUCCUUCCCUCCGUCGCUUGCCGUCCCCUUUGCUCCUCUCGGCUUCGCGCGCCCGUCGGCCGUGGCCUCCCGCAUCUCGACGUCGCGUCCCGCGGCCGCAAGAGAGGAUCCCUGAAAACUUAACAUUUAUGCUUUCUUGCCGUUGCUGACGCACGAACGACCUUUGUUGUAUCUGAGAUCAUUGCAUUUGGAGUUGAUUCAUUUGGCGUGUCUGCCUUCCUCAUGAGCUCACAAGUCUCCACCUCACGGGGCUUACACCCCCCUGGGAAAAUUAUGACGUUCGAGUCCCCUCACACAUGGCCCCUGUCGGGACCUACCAGCCAGGCGGAAGCAGGCAGCGGCGAUGACCAGGAGGUUAGGCUGUUGUCGGUUUCUUGGAAUCAGGACUUCGGUUGCUUCGCAGCUGGCACCAGCAAUGGCUUCAGGAUCUUUAAUUGCGACCCUUUUAAGGAAACUUUCAGGAGGGAUCUGAAGAGUGGUGGGUUUGGGAUUGUUGAGAUGCUGUUUCGCUGCAACAUCCUUGCUCUUGUUGGUGGUGGCUCCAAUAUGCAGUAUCCGCCCAACAAGGUGAUGAUCUGGGAUGAUCACCAGAGCCGUUGUAUUGGGGAAUUCGCCUUCCGCUCUGAUGUUCGGGCCGUAAAACUGGGGAAGGACUACAUUGUGAUUGUCCUUGAAACAAAGAUAUAUGUUUACAACUUCACAGAUUUGAAGAUGCUCCAUCAGAUUGAGACCCUGCCAAAUCCCAAAGGAUUGUGCUACCUCUCUCAUCAUGCCAAUACUUCAGUGUUGGCCUGCCCUGGGCUGCGUCAGGGGCAUGUUCGGGUAGAGCAUUUUGGUCUGAAAGUGACGAAGAUGAUUGCAGCUCAUGAUUCACACAUUUCUUGCAUGGCGUUGACCAUGGAUGGUCUCUUACUGGCAACGGCAAGUGUGAAGGGUACUUUAAUCAGAAUAUUCAACACAAUGGAUGGCUCUCGCCUGCAAGAGGUGCGCAGAGGUCUUGAUAAAGCAGAGAUAUACAGCAUUGCACUAUCGUCCAAUGUGCAGUGGUUGGCAGUGUCCAGUGACAAAGGAACAGUUCAUAUUUUCAGUCUAAAAGUCAGGGUUGCAGGGGAAGAUGCAAGUAAUGAUCAGCGUACUCUUGAAGCUCCACGGAUGGAUCACCAGAACUCUUCAAGCUCUAUGGAUCCUCUCAUACAAACAAACAUGGGAUCCAAUGCAAGCUCAUCAUUAUCUUUCAUGAAAGGGAUUCUUCCAAAGUAUUUCAGCUCAGAGUGGUCUUUUGCUCAGUUCCAUCUGCCAGAAGUCACACGUUACAUUGUUGCUUUUGGCGCUCAGAACACUGUAAUGAUGGUUGGCCUUGAUGGCAGCUUCUACAGGUGCGUCUUUGACCAAGUAAACGGCGGGCAGAUGUCGCAGAAGGAAUACUCCCGGUUUCUGAAGACUGACUACGCUCCCUCAAUGAGGACGCUGUCCGUCUGAACCGCCUAGACCCGCCUAGAUGACAUGUACAUAGAAGGUUGUGCUCAGUUCAUUGUAUAUAUCCUCUUCUGGCCGGCAAAGUAAUAGGUUGCCGGAAUAAGGAGCGUCGGGUACCCGACCGCAGCCUACUUCAUUCUCCAUUUUGCAGCGGCUGUCCUCCCGUCCAAAUCACUCGCAUUGUUCAUUCGACGAGUUCUUUGUCCGAACAAGAACGUCCAUUGAUAUAUGUAUAACAAAAAGGAACCGAAGCAGGAAUGCAAAUAUGGGCUUGUCUGCAACAAAACUGUAAACAAUGCUCACACAUUCUCUUGCCACUAGGCACUAGCUUAUUUAUCAGCCUGCCUGAUUCUGCCUUGUUCGUGCAAUGAAUGUGCUGAUGAUGUCACUGUG